AGCAUCUCUGCAAGCGCAGGGAGAGAGCGGCUGCUGGGUCCCCGGGAUUAUAUCCUGCUGUCACAUACACACCACAUGCAUGAAACAUACAUGAUGGUGCAGAGGAAGGAGAGGAGGAAAUACUACUGGUAAGACUGCACUUCUUCGCAUGGGUAAGUCAGGGUGCUGCAGCGGUGGAGUAGUGAGGGAAUCCCCAGUGGAGAUCGCGGCAAGGCAUUGCCUGGGAAGUAGCAGGUGCAUUGAGACUGAGACCUCAGCAAUGCCACACAUCAUGCUCCUGCAAACUUGAAUAGGCUUUUACGUCGGACUGAGGGUGCGUUUUUCAAAAGCAAAAAAGAAAAAGAGGGAAGUAAUAUUGCAGAGAUGUCAGAGCCCGGGCUGGACUUUUCCAAAGUGGAAAGUUUUUUGGACAAGCAUCCAGACCUGUUUGAGGAUUACCUGAUCAGGAAAGGGAAACACCACAUGGUGGAGAAGUGGCUGAAGAGGAACCAGAUGACCAAAACUCUUUCCAACUCCUGCUUGGAUGAUAAGAGUAAGGAGUGCUGGGGCAGCAGGGGAGACGGGCUUCAGAGGAGAGCAUCCCAAAAGGAGCUGAGGAAAAGUUUUGCCAGGUCCAAGGCCAUCAAUGUCAACAGGACCUAUGAUGAGCAUGUCAACUCCAGGGCCCAGGAACCCCUGACCAGCAUGAGGAGGAGAGCCUUGCUGAGGAAGGCCAGCUCCCUCCCACCCACUACUGCCCACAUACUCAGCGCCCUGUUGGAGUCCAGGGUCAACAUCCCCCAGUAUCAAUCCACUGCCAUUGACUACAAAUACCACCUGAAGGAGCACGACGAGAGGGAGUUCUUUUUGGAACUGGUGAAGGAUAUCUCCAAUGAGCUCAACCUCACAAGUCUUUGCUACAAGAUCCUGAUCUUUGUGUGCAUUAUGGUGGAUGCUGACAGGUGCUCACUCUUCUUGGUUGAGGGCUCUGCCAACAAAAAGAGCUUGGUGUCAAAGUUUUUUGAUGUGCACGCAGGGACCACCCUAUUGCCAUCUUGCAGCGUGGAGAACUCUAACGACGUCCAGGUGCCCUGGGGAAAGGGGAUCAUUGGUUACGUUGCAGAACAUGGAGAGACGGUCAAUAUCCCUGAUGCUUACCAGGACAGGCGAUUCAGCGAUGAAAUAGACAAGCUUACCGGAUACAAGACGAAGUCUUUGCUGUGUAUGCCCAUACAGAACAGUGAUGGGGAGAUCAUUGGAGUUGCACAAGCGAUAAACAAAACCCCCGGAGGAGCCCCGUUCACAGAGGAUGAUGAAAGAGUUAUGCAGAUGUACCUUCCAUUCUGUGGUAUUGCCAUAUCGAAUGCUCAACUCUUUGCAGCUUCAAGAAAAGAAUAUGACAGGAGCCGGGCUUUGCUGGAGGUGGUGAAUGACCUGUUUGAGGAACAAACAGACCUGGAGAAAGUUGUCAAGAAAAUUAUGCAUCGGGCUCAGACGCUGCUGAAGUGUGAGCGCUGCUCUGUGCUUCUUCUGGAGGACAUUGAAUCACCAGUUGUGAAAUUUACCAAAUCAUUUGAGCUGCUUUCUCCAAAAUGCAGUGCUGAUGCAGAGAGCAGUUUUAAGGACAGCUUAGAGAAAUCCUCAUAUUCCGACUGGUUAAUAAAUAACAGCAUAGCUGAGCUAGUCGCUUCCACGGGUCUUCCAGUAAACAUCAGUGAUGCCUAUCAGGAUCCUCGCUUCGAUGCAGAGGCUGACCAGUUCUCUGGGUUUCAUAUCAGAUCUGUGCUGUGUGUUCCCAUAUGGAAUAGCAACCAUCAGAUCAUUGGUGUAGCACAAGUGUUGAACAGACUAGAUGGAAAGCCUUUUGAUGAUGCAGAUCAAAGACUGUUUGAGGCUUUUGUCAUAUUUUGUGGCCUUGGGAUUAACAACACCAUAAUGUACGAUCAGGUGAAGAAAUCAUGGGCAAAGCAAUCGGUGGCUCUUGAUGUCCUGUCCUAUCAUGCAACAUGUUCAAAAGCUGAAGUUGAUAAAUUUAAGGCAGCCAACAUCCCCUUGGUGUCAGAAUUCUCUAUCGCUGAUAUCCAUUUUGAUGACUUCUCUCUGGACGUUGAUGAAAUGAUUACAGCAGCUCUACGAAUGUUCAUGGAAUUGGGCAUGGUUCAGAAGUUUAAAAUUGAUUACGAGACCUUGUGCAGGUGGCUCCUGACAGUAAGGAAGAAUUAUCGUAUGGUUCUCUAUCACAAUUGGCGGCAUGCCUUCAAUGUGUGCCAGCUGAUGUUUGCCAUGUUAACUACAGCAGGGUUCCAGGAAAUUCUGACGGAGACUGAGAUUCUGGCCGUGCUCGUUGGGUGUCUAUGUCAUGAUCUCGACCACCGAGGAACCAAUAACGCCUUCCAAGCUAAGAGCGGCUCUGCACUGUCUCAGCUCUACGGAACCUCGGCUACCUUGGAGCACCAUCAUUUUAACCACGCUGUCAUGAUUCUUCAGAGCGAGGGACACAACAUUUUCGCCAACUUGUCCUCGCAGCAGUACAGCGACCUCAUGCAGCUUCUGAAGCAGUCCAUACUUGCCACGGAUAUCACGCUUCAUUUUGAGAGAAGAAAUGAGUUUUUUGAACUGGUCAGUAAAGGAGACUACAACUGGAAUGUUCAAAAUCACAGGGUUAUAUUUAGAUCAAUGCUAAUGACAGCAUGUGACCUUGGAGCUGCAACCAAACCAUGGGAGAUCUCACGACAGGUGGCGGAAUUAGUGACAAGCGAGUUCUUUGAGCAAGGAGACCGAGAACGAUCGGAGCUCAAACUAACGCCUUCAGCUAUUUUUGACCGUAACAGGAAAGACGAGCUUCCUAGAUUGCAACUGGAAUGGAUUGACAACAUUUGUAUGCCUCUGUAUGAGUCUCUUGUGAAAGUUAAUGAGAAACUUAAACCUAUGCUGGACUCCGUGAUCGCAAAUCGAUCAAAGUGGGAAGAGCUGCACCAAAAAAUACUGGGGACCCAAGGAAGCACAUCACCCACAUCCUUCCCAACGCCAGCUUCCUCGCCCCAACCGGCUACAGAGUGUCUCCUGAAGACUUAAGUUUGCAAGGGGCCUGCUGCCAUGCGUCAGAGUUAUAUUCAACGGCUGUCAUAAGCUUAGCUGUUUAAUUAAGUUAACCACAGCCAUGCUUUUAUAGAUGGAGAGAUGUUGGUCAUGGCUUGACUUUCGCCUGGAAGUUCAGUGGAUUGAAGAUAAAGCUGGAGGCGGGACUGUGGUGAUAAUAAUGUGAGGAGCCACUAAGAAGUCUUGCAGUCCGAGACCACACACAGCACUCAUUGCAGCUUUGCAGACUCUCAGUUGUUGCUGUACAGUGGACGGAACACUGGUAAACUUCAACCCGAGCUUAAUCCAUGCAGCAUGGUGACGACUACAAUGCACAACGUAAUCAUCCAUUACUAACGCUGAAAAUGAAAAAAAAAAAUGCAUCUUUUUUUAUUUAGUGUUUGCAUUUUCCCAUGUAAGUACUGGAAAGGGAAUUGUGCCUGCCUGGUGUGAUGUUUUGCUCUUCUUCGUACUAGCUUUAUUUUAAAACCAUGGUAAAUCCACAUUGCAUCACUUUGUUUCACCUCAAACAUUAACGGAACUCCAAUGGCAGCUUUUUUCCACAUUGCCCAAAGACAAAACAAACUAUGCAGAGAAAUUCUAAGAACUGAUUUCAAACAAAUUAGAUAUUUUGUUUUUAAUAUAUUUUAUGUUUCCACCUUUUUAUUGUUUUAUUGAUUAUCUUCACGCUUACGUGAUCUUUAGCUACAACAGAAUAAUGGCAGAUAAUGAACCCAUGCAGGGGCAAACGCAGAAGGAAGGUUUCCAAAUGUCUGAUUUUAGAAUGAGUGUGGCCAAUCCUUGUGGCUGCAGCUGUAGCAAAAUCAUAUUACAUACUGUUGCUGAAUUGAGCUGCUGGCCAGGCAAAGGGAUGGGUGGUGGUGAUAGUGGGUGUGUGUGGGGAAGGGGGUGGGUAACUGGAAACCCCCCCUGCAUUUGCCUAAGCCAUGUGUGAUAUGGUUUCAUCAUCUGGAUGUGAUUUGAGUCUUCUCUUGUGUAAUACAGAGAUUCGACGGUAAUGUAUCCGGUAUAUCCAUGAUAUUUGGUCAGAGUAGCUUCAGACUAAACUUUGACUACCUCCUUGUUCUUGUUGGCUAUGUUAUAUUAUUUUUUAUUUUUUUGUACAAUCUGUGCUUUAAGUUAAAUGCUGCCUUGUCAAUAUUAGUUCAAGCAUCAAACUGAUCUAAGUCUUGGCAAAUACCAAACCUUAAGUUUGAUAGCUUGAAAUGGUCCAGUGUGUUUAGAUUUACAAUAGAGAAACUUAUACUCAUCCUCUUUGAUCAUAUUAAUAGCCACUUACUGCCCCCUACCACAAGGCAGGCAAUUCAUGACGUAUGCAAAUCAGUAUUUCUUCCAUUCACUGGUAAAGCACAAAUUUAUUGAACAUCAAACUUCCUCUUCUUAUUUAUUUUGAAACUAAAUUUGUGUUAUAAUAAAUACAGAAACCUAUUAUAGCCAUAAAUUCCCGUGACCUUCAGGAUAGGUGAAAUCUAAUAGAAGGUAGGAUGUACUGUACUACAUAUUGUAAUUAUUCACCAAUAGAGAUCUGGAAAGUUUAUAUUUUGGGAUAAAUCGCCUAAAUUGAGAUUUGGAAAGAACUAUGUUGUUUUUUUUAAUUUUGAAAAUUUUGACCAGUUUCGCUAAACAGACCAUUUAAAAAAAAAAAAAAUCUACACUUAGUGAAUUUGAACUGAACUUGUGCCUAAUUCAGCCGAUUUGACAGUGACAAUCCCUAUAGAUGUCAAUAUGCGGAUUCGAUCAUGGGAAUUUGUGCCUCUUUAAUGAUUGACUUGAAGUUGAUGUUUGGAUCAUUGAUAUCAGUAGCUCAUUAAUUAUGUUGGAAUCAAACAUGAAAUAAUGUAUUUUUUUCCUUACAGUAUGUCCAGGUUUUUACCGGAUGGUCCUAUUUUUUCUAUUUUAUUACAUGUGGCACCAAAAAAUUGAGAGUGACGAAAUGAGUAAAAGUAAUGAGAGUACUGUGUUUUUGUUUCAGUAAUACGGGACCUAAAUCAAUUUGAAUAAUUUGGAAUUUACCAAAUUCAUCCAUUGUUUUUAAAUGAGGAAUCGCUUAACAAAAAAAAUCGACACUCAUUUUAAUCUGCAGGGAUUAUGAUAGUCUGGAAAUAAGUGAUAUAGGGGGUAAUUCCAAGUUGAUCGCAGCAGGAAUUUUUUUUAGCAG